GGGGGAAUACAAUUCCCACAAAAAGUAUUCCUUAAAUGAGUUCGUCAAUGGUCAUGGCAUAGCAGUAUUAUUUGUUGUCCUAAAUCCAUCCAUGCUCUUUGGUCAGAAGUGUUUGUAUAUAUAUAUAUAUAUAUAUAUAUAUAGAAAGGGGAGAGAACCCCCCAAAUCGUGUAAGAACAAAUAAACCAAAUCCGUAUUCUCUCUCUCUCUCUCUAAAUUCCAUUUUCUUUUUUCGUUUUUUAUCAUCUCUCCCAUCUAGAUUGCAUUGCACCUCUAACCUACUGCUUCUUUCUUCUUCGUUUCCCUUGCCAUUGCUUUCCUCCAGAAAAUUAAUUUUAAAAAAUAUAUAUAGAUGGCCGCACUUAAAGCCGUUCACGUCUCCGACGUACCCAAUCUUGAUCAAGUCCCUGAGAAUGCCCUCUACUCCACCCGCUUUCCAAAAGCGGGGGAGGUGGGAAGAUCAGUUUGGAAGCCGGCUAAAUUUCUGGUGAUCGGACACAGGGGAAACGGGAUGAAUAUAUUGCAAUCUACGGAUCGGAGAAUGAAAGCUAUCAAGGAAAAUUCAAUUCUUUCUUUCAAUACCGCCGCCAAAUUCCCGGUUGAUUUCGUCGAGUUUGACGUUCAGGUCCGCCCCCUUUUAAUUUUUCCUGAAUCCUCCUUCCUUUUGCUUGUGUGUUUCCACGUACAUAUUACUAGUACUUUUGUUUGUUUGUUGCUUGGAACGAAUUGGAAUUUUUUUCUAAAAUUAUAAGAAAAAAAAAGAAGAAAAAGCUGAAAAAGUGGAUAGAAACACGUGACUCGGAUGACCCCAGCUUGUCCUUGCGUACUCCCCCCGCCGCAUACGUCGUUAUUACGCCUGUCCUAAUUGAUGUAACAAUUUUAUCUAUCUACUCCUAAUCGUUGUUUCUCAUUCUUUCUUUUUAGUUGUUAGGAUAAAUAAAUUUACACAUAACUUUAAUUAAUACUACUACUAUUUUUGAUUCAUGUAUGUUGUAAGGAGGCAUUUUUAAUCGAUCGAUCAUCAUUGGUUAUGGCUUUUUGUUCUUUUAUUUUAGUAUGUUAGCCUUCCCCUGUUUCUCUGUUGACAUUUUCUAGUUUUCCCUCCUCAAGUAGUGAUACUGAUGGAUAUUUUUCCUUCUUUUUUUUUUUUUUUUCUCCUCGUGCGCUUUUGCAAUUUACUUUCCAACAAUUUAUAAAGAAAAGAAAAAGGGAAAUACUUAGUUGUUAAAAGAAUGGGAAGAUGAAGAGAAGGCUUAGACGGGAAAAAAUGGUUAUUUUGCAGGUCACCAGCGAUGGCAUCCCCGUCAUAUUCCACGACAACUUUAUUCUUACUGAAGAAAAUGAUGCGGUGCAGGAAAGGAGAGUCACAGAGUUAAGUCUGUGUGAGUUUAUGGGGUACGGCCUCCAGAAGGAAGCGGGAAAGGUCGGGAAAUCAUUGUUGAGAAAAUCAAAAGAGGGCAGACUCAUGAGUUGGAAUGUGGAGACGGACGAUUCUCUGUGCACUUUGGAAGAGGUGUUCACACAGGUGAACCCGAGAUUGGGAUUUAACAUCGAGUUAAAGUUUGACGAUAACAUUGUGUAUGAGGAGGAGCAUCUUGUGUGGACCCUUAGGUGCAUCUUAGGAGUCGUCUUUGAUCACGCCGGCGACCGCCCUAUUGUUUUCUCUUCUUUUCAACCAGACGCUGCUUUGCUCGUUCGGAAGCUCCAGUCUAACUAUCCGGUGUUUUUCUUGACAAAUGGAGGGACAGAGAUAUACACGGAUGUGAGGAGGAAUUCAUUGGAGGAAGCCAUAAAAUUAAGCUUGGAAGGUGGGUUGCAAGGGAUUGUGUGCGCGGUGAAAGCCAUAUUCAGGAAUCCAGGGGCAGUGAACAAGAUCAAAGAAUCCAAGCUAUGUCUAAUGACUUAUGGCCAGUUGAAUAAUGUGCCGGAGGCGGUGUACAUGCAACACCUGAUGGGCGUGGAGGGUGUGAUUGUGGAUUUUGUAGAACAAAUCACGGAUGCAGUGUCCAACUUGAUGAGUCCCGGGGGAAAUGAUAAGAAGCAAGACGGAGGAGAGGAUGAAGACUCGGAAUUAUUAGUUCCUACUACAAAGGAAAGCAGCCGGCCUGUGUUUUCACAGAGGGAGUUGUCUUUCCUGCUCAAGCUUAUUCCGGAGCUUAUACAGCACCAAUAACAGGUGCAGCAGCAGUAUGAGCAGUGUCUGUUUCCCACACCACCAGAUUGAGUUCGUGUCAAAAAGUUCCCUACUCCCACCAAGUACAUGUGACUUCAUGGUGUGUGUGUGUGUGAGUAGUAAUUUGUCUAACAAACAGAUUAUAUAGCUUGAGUAAUUGGUGUGGGGGUUAGAAUUGCUGCCAGUGUAAAACAAGUUGUCCUUGUACAUAUUAUUGUUUUCCAGAAAUUAGGUAGGAGGGGGUGUUAUUCACUCUCUGGAGUAUCUCCCUUUCCACUUUUAAAUUGAUUACAUCUCCUACGUCCAUUGACUGAGAAAGGAAGAAUGAAUUUGCAUUUCUCCAGGUUCCUUUUUCUACUGCUCUGCCCCUCAUUCAUACGAAGCUCUAUCUAGACCAUAAUAAUUUCUUGUUACAGUGCUUGCUUCCUUACUAAUCUAAGAGUUCCGGGGUUUUUGAAAGGCUAAUCGUAAAUAAAUAGGGACGCACACACACACACACAGACAAUAACCCCUCCCAGUUGUAGUAAGC